GUCCAUGUUCUCUUCCCUCGUCCCUAUGUGUUGGUGUCCAGGUGUACGAGAGCAAAUUGCAGGAACUUCAGAAACAGGUGGAGACUAUUUCUCUGGUAGCUGAGACACCUGAUGAAGAAGAGUUGGAGGAGGAGGAGGAAGAGGAAGAACCUAGACUUCUGGGAUUGCCAUGGACUCAGCACGAGUUUGAGUUGGCUCAAUGGGCUUUCAGGAAGUGGAGGUACCAUCAGUUUACCUCCCUCCGUGACCAGCUGUGGGGAAACGCCGUCUACCUGAAGGAAGCCAACGCCAUUAGUGUGGAGCUUAAGAAGAAAGUCCAGUUCCAGUUUGUCUUGCUGACGGACACACUGUACUCGCCGCUUCCCCCUGAGCUUCUGUCACCAGAGCCAGAGAAAGAGCGUGACUCCAGACCUUUCCCCCACACCGUGGUGGCUGUAGAGGUUCAGGACCUGAAGAAUGGAGCCACACACUAUUGGUCCCUUGAUAAACUCAAGCAGAGGCUGGACCAGAUGAGAGAGAUGUAUGACCGUGCUGGAGAAAUGGCCUCCACAAACCAGGAGGACGGAGAGGGCUCUCUGACAGGAAAUGACCCCUUCUAUGAUCGCUUCCAUUGGUUUAAACUUGUGGGGAGCCAGCAUACAUUGGACGAUUUCUCCCCCAUCUUCCACGGUUGUGUUAAUGAGCGCCUGGCCGACCGCACGCCCUCGCCUACCUUCUCCACUACUGAUUCCGAGAUCACCGAGCUGGCGGACGAGCGCCAGAGCGAGAUGUCUGACUUGAUUGAUGAUGAGGCUUUUGUGGAUGACACCAGCUCAGAUGCUGGCACUGAAGAGGGCUCGGAUAUCUUCAGUGAUGGCCAGGACCCCUUCUACGACCGCUCACCCUGGUUCAUCCUGGUGGGAAGAGCUUUCGUGUACCUGAGCAACCUGCUGUACCCUGUACCACUGGUGCACCGUGUUGCCAUAGUAACAGAGAAGGGCGAGUUGCGUGGUUUCCUGCGUGUGGGGGUCCAGGCUAUAGCUGCUGACGAGGAGGCCCCGGACUAUGGGUCAGGAGUUAGACAGUCAGGAACCGCCAAGAUUUCCUUUGAUGAUGAGUACUUCAAAAAGAAUGACUUUCCUUCCAUGGUGAUGACCCGUUCCGGCUUGUCCCUGGAAGAGCUGCGCAUUGUGGAGGGUCAGGGCCAGAGUUCAGAGGUCAUCACACCCUCAGAGGAGCUUAACAGAAUCAAUGACAUGGACCUAAAGCUGGGUAACAACGGAGACACCAAGCUGAGUUGUGGUGACGGUCUGGCAGGCCAGCUGGAGGUGGGCAGCAUCUUUACCUUCCGUGUUACUGUGCUCCAGGCCAAUGGCAUCCCACCGGAGUACGCAGAUAUCUUCUGCCAAUUCAAUUUCUUGCAUCGUCACGACGAAGCUUUUUCCACUGAGCCUCUGAAGAACGCCGGCAAAGGCCCCCUGGGCUUUUACCACGUCCAGAACGUUUCUGUUGAGGUCACAGAGUCCUUCAUUGAGUACAUCAAGACCAAGCCCAUUGUGUUUGAGGUGUUUGGCCACUACCAGCAGCACCCGCUGCAUUAUCAUGGACAAGACCUGAUCAGUCCUCCACUACCAUCAAGGAAAUACUACCCUAUUCCCAUGCCUUUGUCUAAACCAGUUCCAGCCACCAAGUUGAACACCAUCACCAAGUCUAACCUGGGUCAUUGUGUCAGCAAAUACGACCUGCUGGUCUGGUUUGAGAUCAGUGAGCUGGAGCCCACUGGAGAGUACAUCCCAGCUGUAGUUGAUCACAGCGGAGGUCUGCCCUGCAAUGGCACCUACCUACUGCACCAGGGGAUCCAACGAAGGAUCACGGUGACUCUCAUCCAUGAGAAGGGAAGCGAGCUUCACUGGAAGGACGUUCGUGAGCUGGUCGUGGGCCGCAUUAGGAGCAAAGCUGAAGUGGACGAUAGCGCUGCAGAUGCUGUCCUGUCCCUCAACAAUUCUGCCAAGAACAUCAAGUCAUCCCACAACUCCAACAGGCUUUCUAUUGAUAAGGAUAUUGAUAGGACUUUCUACCGUUUCGAGGCAGUGUGGGACAGCUCCCUGCACAACUCCCUUCUGCUAAACCGAGUCACUCCAUAUGGAGAGAAGAUCUUCAUGACCCUGUCUGCGUAUCUUGAGCUGGACCAUUGCAUCCAGCCUGCUAUUAUUACCAAAGACAUCUGCAUGGUCUUCUACUCCAGAGACGCAAAGAUCUCCCCUCCCCGUUCCCUCAGGAACCUCUUUGGGAGUGGAUACUCCAAAACCCCUGACUGCAAUCGAGUCACUGGCAUCUACGAGCUGAGCUUGUGCAAGAUGUCUGACACUGGAAGCCCAGGGAUGCAGCGCAGGAGGAGGAAGAUCCUGGACACUUCUGUGGCUUAUGUGCGUGGAGAAGAGAACCUGGCCGGCUGGAGGCCUAGAGGAGACAGUCUCAUCCUGGAGCACCAAUGGGAGCUGGAGAAAAUGGAGCAGCUGCAUGAGGUGGAGAAGACCCGUCACCUGCUCCUGCUGAGGGAGAAGCUGGGAGACGAUGGUCCAGUGGGAACAGCUCCUACCACCAAGUCCCUGAGUGAAUUCCUGUCCCCCAGCAUGAGCUCAGGCAGCUUGUCCACCUCAACCUCCAUCUCCUCGCAGAUCUCCAACACCUUUGAAAGCGCCAUCACGCCCAGCGAGAGCAGCGGCUACGACUCCACCGACAUUGAGAGCCUAGUGGAUCGUGAGAAGGAGCUAGCUACUAGGUGCCUGCGCCUCCUGACACAUACCUUCAACAGUGAAUAUAACCAAGUGGUUAACAGUAUCAGUGACUGCAAGCUGUCGGACAUCUCCCCAAUGGGACGUGACCCAUCAGUGACCAGCUUCAGCAGCGCCACCCUCACCCCCUCCUCCACUUGCCCUUCUCUGUCUGACUCCCGCUGUGGUUCAAUAGACCAGAAGACCCCAGAGAACAGCUCCCGUGCCUCCAGUCCCUCGUGUUCAGACUAUGAAAACUUCCCGAUGGUUCCCACUCUGGAGACCUCGUACCUAGCACGGGCUGGAAAGAACGAGUUUCUCAACUUGGUGCCUGACAUUGAAGAAAUGAGGCCAGGAUCCGUAGUUUCCAAGAAAGGUUUCCUAAGCUUCAUGGAGCCACGCUCCAACUCGUGGGUGAAGCACUUUGUGGUUGUGCGCCGGCCCUACGUCUUCAUCUACAACAGCGACAAGGACCCGGUGGAGCGGGGUGUCCUCAACCUCUCCACAGCACAGGUGGAAUACAGUGAAGACCAGCAGGCCAUGCUCAAGACUCCCCACACGUUUGCUGUGUGCACAAAACAUCGAGGAAUCCUGCUGCAGGCCAACAACGAGAAAGACAUGAACGACUGGCUGUACGCUUUUAACCCCCUGCUUGCAGGAACAAUAAGAUCAAAGCUGGCGAGGAGGCGCAGUGGCCUUAUGAAGAACUGAGUGGGUUGACCGGCACACAGGAAACCAUGGCUUCUAUUGUUUCUGGAAAGCCUUUUGAACAUACCAAGUGUUAACACUUAUUAAUCAUUGUGAUUCUUGACAGUUUUCUCUUGUAAGUAGACUUGUGGCUUAAGUCUCCUUUCAUGCGACUAAAAAGUUUCAGUUCCAGAGAAAUUUGCCUCCCCCUCUCCCUCCAACAACCAUCUGCCAACUUAGCUUUUCUCCUCUCAAUUUCUCGUGCCCUCUCCUACUCAGCUUUUUGUGUUUUUGUUUUUAUGACAAUGUCUAAUUUUGUUCCGCUUUGUUGUCAUUCCCUAUCUCCCUAACUAGUAGCAUGUUGUAAUAGUCUACUUGUGUGUGCACGAUUCUUCAGAAACUGUUCUUUCUGGCCACUAAUUUUUGUUUGCCAAUCAUUUGUAAAGAAAUUGUCUCUAUCAGUGUUAUUUGACUCCCUAAAGGAGUUCAAUUUUAUUUUCUGGUUGUUUCAUUUGUUUUUAAUAUGCCCUCACGAGAACUGCAGCAGUCCUCAGGUGAACUCCAGGUUUGCUUACUCAAAAGAAAUUUAAACAAAUCAGAUAAUCUACAGUUGAACCCAUGAAGGGAAAAUAUACAAUUUUCUCCAAUUGAUGUAUUGCUUUUUAUUCUGCUACAGAAAGCAAGGCUACUUCAAGAUCUAUUGCUGCUAAUGAAUUCAUAGGUUUUUCUUCUAUUUGUGAGAUUUGCAUCAGGCCAUCUCCUCUAGCUUCCCCUCUGCCAUCUCCUAAAUGGCCUUUAGCUACAAAAUGUUAAGUCUAAAAAAUGUGUCCCAACUCAGCGAGACCUGAGGUCAGCGCUGGAUUCCCAUGUGAUAGUUAGAUCCCACUUUUCAGUCCGUGCAGAUUCACCAACGCCAACCCUGAUAGUGCCGUCAGUCAAGCGAUUACUUGCAAUCAUGCAUUUGUGUCAACAUCAAAAAUACAUGCUAACGUGCAAAAAAAUGCAUGAGGAUUAUUUCGUAUCUCAGCAGUGAAAAUGUGUCAAUGGAUUGUUCCCGCAGGAGUAGAUAUUUGUCCUUGUCCUUUUGCUAUUUCACAUCAAGAAAAAAACAGGGUGGAGGUGGAGGAGGAAGACGGACGGUACUCUAAAAAGAGAAUUUGUACAUACAGUCUGUUUGGGAUCAGUGGGGUAGUUAACUUUCAUUUAAGACAUUCCUCUCAGCUCCUUUAGCAGUUUUUUUUUUUUCUCAUACUAACUUGUUGCGACUCGGAUCCCAAGAGAGUCUCAACAUUUGCUAAUAUUUAGUUGAUCCAUCACGUACGUGUGAUACCGAAGACUAAAACAAAACCUGGUGAAAUGGGAGGAAGAAGUAAGAAAGAAGAUUGAAGUUGCAAUGCUCUAGCCUUGAUGCAAGUAGAUAAGUGAUGAAGCUGCUAGCACAUAGCCUGCAGGACAGAUAAUGUAUAGUCUGUCUCAUGACUCCCCUCACUGUCAUGCUAGUGUCAGGUAAAAUCUCUAAAGUGAAGUACUUACUGCUCAGCAGUACCACAGGUUACCAUGUGUUCCUUUUCUAUUUGUGUUUCUUGAAUUGAAACUCAUCUAACUCUAAUUGGGUUGACGUUUUUUUUUUUUUUAAAUAAUUAACAUUGUUUUUUCUAUUAUGCUUUUAAUCAUUCCACAGUGAAGUUUUAUACGAAAUGUAACCAAGGGCAUUUAUUUUGUUGUAACCAGCUGUGUUGGUGUUUAACCUUAUUUUGCACAUUAACACAUAUCUAUAGCAAGACGAGGGCAGAUCACACAUGUUGAGUAUCAGGAACACUGAAAAGAGCACAUAUCAAGGCUACACUGGAUAGCUGUUUGUUAGACAGAAAGAAGUAAUAUUAAAAGGAUGACAUUAUCAAAGGGUUUAUUUCUGUUAUUGUUUAUAAAAAUAUUUGCUCUGUACAUUGUACCACAGCUGUUACAUUUGGCUCUGGAUAAAUGAUGCCUCUGUCUCUUUAAAUGGUAGAUGUGUGAAAAGCACAGAUGGGCAUUAAACACUCUGGCCAACCAACCAGUAGUGUGCCUACUGUAUCCUAUGGAAGACAAAUAAAGGUUGAAGGUGUGGUAACAGAGGCAGCCAUCGCCUGUUACAAAUAUUAGUGGAAUUAUUGGUGACAUAUCUUCAUCGUUUGCUGAUGUAAAGACAGAAAACAUUUGACUCAGAAGUCCGAAUGAGUAAAAAUGGCGAGUGUCACUGCCCUCAGGUCAGCCAACCUGCUGGUCAGAGAAAGGAAAAACCUGCUGAGUUGUUUCUGGGAAAAUGUUUCUUCUGUCAUGGAAAAAAUAAUAACGAAAAACCAUCUAUGCACUGAUGAAGGCUCUAAGUGCAAGGUACCUCACGUUAACCUCAGCGUACUGUGUGAGAUAUGGAUAUGUUGGAGCAAACAUUUUCACUUUACUGACUAAUUUGCAGAGGUGUAUCAUUUUGGAUUGUGUAUUUAUUGUUUGCAAUGUAUAUAUUAGUUUGCAGCUCUUUGCACAUAUUAAUAAAAGGUUCAACUAACUGAUCAAAUAAAGUCUGUGCGGUUUAGUUGUGCUACUCAGAGUGAACCAAAUGACGUUGUGGCAGCCUCUUCCAGUCUGAACUGGGAGAGCGUUGAAUGCACUAUGAAGAUGUGUUUUUCCAUCAUUUAAAAAAGGUCAAAAAAAGAGAAUGACUAAAAUGUAACCCACUGCAUCUUUUUCAGAGGAGGUGAGUUACAUUAGUGCUUCCUCUUUAUUAGAAAGUGGUUUGAGUGAAGUCUGCUUUUGAUUUGAAGAAUAUUUACUCACUACUCAUGCUAGCCAGCCACUUGAAUUAUAACAAAAUAAGGUUGGUUUUUAACUCGUUUUAUUUUUUUCUAAUAUCAGGGAAUAUAAUACAAAGUAGCUAGUGACAUCUAAAAUGACAGUAUACUAUUGUUGUGCUGGUGUCUUUCUUCACCUCAACACUUUAUUUUUUCCGUUGAUGCCUUUCAAAACAAAACUAGCCAUGAUAUUUUCCAUCGUCCCCUCUGGCUGUUACUGUUAUAUCAGUUAAACUGCAUUCCCUUUGAAUUUGUUCCACCAAAAGAAAAAAGACAAACCACGACAUUAUCACUGUACAAUAUUUGUCAGACUGGUUUCAUUUUCAUACUUAUUUUGUAAAUAUCUGUGUUGUAUGGAGCUUGACUUAAAAUGUAAAUAUGUUUACUGUAUUUGUAAUUAUUAUAAUCCAUUCGCUGUAUAGCAUAGAUGUGUCAUGCAGAUAUCCUAAUUCUGUGUAUGGUAAUCUUGCACCAUUGAGCUGUUUAGUGAAUGAGGCAACAAUAAAAGUGCAAACUGUGCAUUAGC